GACGCAGUAAAAGCGCCGUCUUGGUCUCAGCUGUCAGCAUGUUGAUGGUCAGGGGUUGCUCGGGGGGUAAAUCCUGGGGUUAUCUUCUGAGGGGGCUGGCUGUCCUGGGGGCCCCCAGGAGCCCACACAGGGGACUGAGAACCUCUCACUGUCUCAGCAAAAAGGAAGAUUUCUUCAAAGGGCUGGAUAGAGAGUUUGUUACGUUCCAUAAGAAGCUAAAGGAGAGUCUGCCCUCUAGUGACUGGAAUCCAUUUCCUACCACCUCGUCCAAUCUGCCCCCUGAACGAGCCGAUGUAGUCAUUGUUGGGGGAGGGGUGAUUGGUUGGUCUAUCGCUUAUUGGCUGAAACAGAAGGAGAACAGACGGGGGGCUCUGCGUGUGGUUGUGGUAGAACGAGAUCCAACGUACUCUCGUGCAUCCACUGUCCUGUCAGCAGGUGGAAUUCGUCAGCAAUUCUCCCGACCAGAGAACAUCCUUAUAUCGCUGUUUGGCGCCCAGUUUCUACGCAAUAUAAAUGAACACCUGGGAGUGGUGAAUGAGGAUCCAAUAGACAUUCAGUUCAAUCCGUCCGGCUAUCUUUUCUUGGCCAGUGAGGAAGGAGCUUCCAUACUGGAGGAAAACUAUAAGGUCCAGAGAGAGUGUGGAGCCCAAGUUGCCCUCCUGUCCGCAGAGCAGCUGAAGAAGAAGUUACCGUGGAUCAAUACAGAUGGCGUGGCAUUGGCUUCCUAUGGACUGGAAAACGAAGGCUGGUUUGAUCCGUGGUCUUUACUCAGUGCAUUCAAACGCAAAGCUCUCUCGAUGGGAGUGUAUCACAGCCACUCGGAGGUCAUUGGAUUCAAACAGAGUGUGCGUGAAAUGAUCACCGAAGACGGAGAGAGUGUUAAUUUUAAGAGAAUCAAACAUGUGAUUGUACAGGCACCAAACAGCCUGGAGACACAAUCCGUGGAGUGCGCCCUUGUGAUCAAUGCAGCCGGUGCGUGGUCUUCUAAAGUGGCAGAGAUGGCAGGGAUUGGUACCGGAGAUCCAGACUCGUUAGAAGGAUUGAAACUACCAGUUGAACCCCGGAAGAGGUACAUCUAUAUGUUCCAUUGCCCUAAUGGGCCAGGCCUGGACAGUCCACUGCUGAUUGACACCUCUGGGGCCUAUUACAGGAGAGAAGGACUGGGAGGUAACUACAUUGGUGGCAUGUCGCCUACUGAGGAGGAGGAGCCCGGUGCCAGUAACUUGGAAGUGGAUUAUGACUUUUUUCACGAUAAAGUAUGGCCAGCCUUGGCGCAGCGAGUUCCAGCCUUUGAAAAUCUAAAAGUGAAAUCAGCGUGGGCCGGAUAUUAUGAUUACAACACAUUUGACCAGAAUGGGGUGAUUGGCAUACACCCGCUAGUAAACAAUAUGUUCUUUGCCACCGGAUUCAGUGGCCACGGAUUGCAGCAGUCACCUGCCGUGGGCCGUGCAAUCGCUGAGCUUAUUAUAGACGGGCAGUUUAAAACCCUGGAUCUGACUGCAUUUUCUUUUAAGCGAUUUUGUUCUGGAGAACACAUCCUCGAGAGGAACAUAGUGUGAGGAACGCAUUCUGGAGAGGAACAGAAUGUAUGAACACUUUCAAAAUCAGCAAUCAGCACGCACAAUAGCUCUGUGAUACUCUUUAUCAAAGGAACCCAUCACAUGUUCCUAAAAAAUAUUCUAUUAUCUGGAUGAAAGUUAUUAGGGUCCAGAACCAUUUAUCUAAAAAUUCAUUAAAUUAUGAACCACAAAUUGCAAAUCUAAGGCAAAAAAAAAAUGUUAAAUUGGAAUUUGACCAAUUGUGCCAAGAUUUACCAGGAUAAUAUCGGCAGUUAUUGAUCAAACAUUCAUAAAUACAGAAUAUUCUUAUAUAUUUACAUAUUUUUCAGUUUAAGACGUUUUAAGAAUUUUUUUUUAGAAAAAAAAAAAUCAAGCAAUGCAAAAAACAACCAUUGUGUUUGUACCCUUAUUUUUUAUCAUUUCUUUUGUUUUGGUCAUAUGGCACUUUUGGAGUUACGGAAUUUGGAUGAUUCGCUCAUCGGCCAAAAUUCAGGUGAAUCACAAUUUGCCUGAAGCCAAAAGUCUUCACAAAAGUUUUAUUUUUCUUCCAUCAACCGUCUCUCUCUCCGUGCCACAGACAGAACUCCGAAUCCCACUGAAAAUGAGCAUGAUUGUCCAUCACGCUGUUCGUUUGCCUGGUAUACAUCCAUAUGGCACUUUGGAUAUACAGAAUUUAUAGAACAGAACAGCUGGUUGGUCUAAAUUCUGAUAAAUUGCAAUUUGACUGAAAUGGAAUGCACCAGUCCCCUAACAAUAUAAAAUCGCUACAUCCUCUUCUUAAAAUACAGCAUUGCUUCCGUUCAGAAUAUAAAGUCAGAUUUGUUGUUUUGUUUUUCCCAGAAUGAGAUCUAAUCAUUUAGAUUAGAAUACCUUUAUCAAGAUUACAAGAACAAAAUGGAUUUUAAACGGACGUCACCCCAAAGUAAAGAGCAGCUGUAUCAGCUAAGCUUAAAACCAAGCCAUAACUACCUCUUUCUGCAGUGAGCCUGGACCGGAGGAUUUAAGUGACUUUGUAAACCUUUGUCACAGAAGAUCUAUAUUUUUUUAAGUUUUAUAUUUUUUCUGGAAUUGUUUUUAUUUUUGUAUGGUUUAGGUUAGGCAGGGGAAGACCUGCUAAAUGCCACUCGAUGCUGCUAUGAAACUCCAUCUCCGCCCUCUGCGCAAUAGGAAAAUAACAAUGGAGUUUUGAACUCAUUUUAAUGUUUUGGUCAUUACCGUGACUUAGUCUUCAUGCAGCAGAAUGCCAAGUGCUUCCUCCUUUAGUUCAUGGCCAAAAACUGAGGACGGAAAAUGUGAUGUUAAAUAGAAAUCUAUGACUUACGGCGAGUCUGAAUUAAAGUGAAUGGAGGAGUCUGCGAUCCCAAACUGUCUUGUCUUGUACCAAAGUGCUGGAUAAGAAAAUAAAUGCUUUAACUGCAAAGAUCCGUCAUUUAUCCCUACGAGAUUAGGGACAAACUAUUCCAAGGGUUAUUUUUUUUUUUUUAAUCAAUUGACUUAGUGAAUGUUCUAUUGAAAAUUUAUAAUAAUUCAAACAUUGAUUGUAAUACGUUACAUUUUAUGUAAUACUUUGCUUUGAAUGUAUUAAUUUCACAAUAAAAAUACCCGCACGCUU